GGGGUCUCUCUGUGUUUGCUUCACCUGGCCACACUGUGUUUUUUGAUGUUGUUGCGGGGGCCUGUGUUUUUUUCCGCGAAAAAUUCUACCGUAAACGGAGCGGAGAGUGCUUUCUUUUCUGUGUUCGCAACUGCAUAAGGACUCGGUACCGCGCGAUGCGUUCCGCUAGAAUCUAAGCAAUAAUAACCAACUCAACCAAUAAAAAAAAAAGAUAAAAGUGCUGCAUAAUCCAUAAAAGUGCUAAUUAAUAAAUAAAAAAAAAAAAUACAAAAAAAAGGAAAUCCAUAAGUUAAUCAAAGAAAAUGGGAAAGCUGCUGAGCCUGCUGUCACGCGAUGACUCGAAUUGUUGCGCAGCCAAGUCCUAUGAUGUCUUCCUGGAUUUCGAGAAUGCCGCGCCCACGGAAACGGAACGAGCGGUCUACGAGGAGGUGGAGCGAGUGCUCCGGGAGUCGGAGGUGGUGCUCGAGGAGAUACAGAUCUAUCGGGGUGCUGGGAAGGAAAUUCGAGAAGCCAUCGCUGAUCCAUCCCCGGAGGUAACUGGCAAGGCCUGGGCGGCGGUACUGCCGCUGGUGAAUAAACUGAAACGGUGCUACGAACACUCCAUGGAGCUGGACAAGAUUGUGCCCAAGCUGCUGGGCCAGCUGGUGGGCGGAAAGCUGAACCCAACACAACACCUGGAGACCCAGCAGGCGCUGGUCAAGCAGCUGGCCGAGAUCUUGGAGUUUGUGCUAAAGUUCGAUGAGUACAAGAUGAAAACACCCGCCAUACAGAAUGACUUCAGCUACUACAGACGCAUUGUGAGCCGACAGCGUCUGGACUCUACGGAAAAUAUGCUGGUCAGCACGGAGCUGGCUAACCGGAUGUCCCUCUUCUACGCCCAUGCCACGCCCAUGCUCAAGGUACUGAGUGAGGCCACCUCAAAGUUCGUCAACGAUAAUGCGGAUGAUGUCCAGAAUACGACAGAGACGCUCGGCACCAUGGCCAAGGUGUGCCUGAGGAUGCUCGAGAAUCCAAAACUUCUGCAACAGAUCGAGCGGGAAGAUACAAAAAUGCUGGUGCUGCGUGUGAUGGUGGGCCUGGUGAUCCUCUACGACCAUGUCCAUCCGGAGGGUGCCUUCGUUCGAGGGGCUCAUGUGGAUGUGAAGGGAUGUGUGCGACUGUUGCAGGCGCAGCCAGCCAUCAAGGCGGAGCCCCUUCUCAAUGCCCUGCGGUACACGACAAAGCAUCUGAACGAGGAGAACACGCCGAAGAACAUACUCCGCAUGCUGGCCGCAUAAUAUCGGAUAAUGUCGGACGGAUAAUGGAGAUGGAUGGAAUGGCGAGAAGAUAAUUCAUUAACGUUAAUUUUAUGUGUAUGCGUAUCGAUUUAAAUGGUUUUAUUUUAUUUAUGUAAUUAGUAGGCCUCUGUAUUAUUUGUAAAGAUUGUGAACGCGAGUGUGUUGUGCUAGUAGGAGGAGGCAGCCUCUAGUUUUAUUUUUAAACCUGUGUGCAUUUCCAGAAAUUGUUUUUUCGUUUAUGGCGUUUAUUUAGCCUCCAGCCUCCGCGAAAAUGAUCAAAGUCGAUGGACCGAUGUGGCCCGAUGUGGAACGCAUAUAUCAGCAGCAUCAGCAACAAUAUUUAGUUGAUAAUCUAGCCCUAAUGUUAAGCAAUUGAAGAUGAGAACCAGAACCUUAUUAACCUAACAACAAAUUAGCGCAAAAGUUGUGUAGAUGUCGAUGUCGAUGGUAUUUUGAUGGGAGAUAUAUAUGUAUGAGAGAUAAAUCCUAAAAUUUCACUAAAGCAGAGAUUAUAAAUAUAAAAAGCAACAAUUUUAAAUCAAAUUUAGAGUAUUUUUUGUACAUGACCGGAGUGUUGGCGAUUACUUGAAAGUGAAUGUAGAACAAAGUGUAAAGAUCUAAAUAAUGCAUAAAUUAAUUGAUUAAACUAUAUAAAAAAUAAACACAAACGAAUUGUAGGAAUUAAACGCCUAAACACUCAACUGAACCACAAGCAAAAAGCGGAUGCAUUUAUAAAAGAUAUAUAUAUAUAUAUAUAUAUAUAUUAUAUAUAUUUCCACGCCGUCAACUUUGAUAAACGUAUUUAAAUAAUAAAAUCUACAAAAUAAA